AUGGCGUUCAGUGUUUGCCUUUUGCCCUCUGCCUCGGAAGAGUUGCGCAAGCUGUGGGAGGACAAAGAAGUCGGGAAGCUGUCUGAUGAUUUCUUCGCAGCCAAGAAGGUGAAGGUGGAGUUCAUGGCGGGCGAAGGUGGUGCCAUGCAACUUCAUUUUGCACCUGCUGAUGAAGAGUUAGUUCUUGCGGCUCUGAAAGAUGGCCACAUCCAGGUUGGUGGGGGUCAAUGUGAGUUGGGGCAAGUCCACAUGACAGCCGCACAGAAAACUGUUUUUGUUGUGGCCAUUGGCAUUUCUUGCCGUGGGAAAAGGCAACCUUUUAAGGUAGCCAGAACUAUUUGGGGUUGGCCAUUGGCAGGCAGUCAAGCCGACCAAAGGCAAUAUGGAGGAUGCAGUCAUGGAGGAUGCACAGUCUUUGAAGCCGUGCAGCAAAGCAGCUCCUUGGAUGGCCGAUAG